AUGCUUUUCUCCCGCAUUAAAUAUUUCUACAGACUCAAGCGCAGGGGCAAGAAAUCGCUGUAUAUGACGUACUACGACUUGAAGAACGCUUUUGGAUCCAUCCCCCACCAGCUUAUACAUGUUGUCUUACAGUAUCAACGGCUACCGCAGCACGUCCGUGAGGUUAUUGCUGACCUCUAUCAAGGAGCGAGCUUCUGCAUCUCAACGAGAGAGGGCUGUACUGGACGCAUAGAUAAUCAGUGGGGAGUCAAACAAAGAUGCCUCCUCAGCCCCAUCAUCUUUAACCUUGCCAUUGAGCCUUUCCUGCAGCGGCUAACAGCGUGCAACGAAGGCCUUGAAAUGCGUACGACGAAUGGGAAACCACCUGUGAUGGUUUCUCAUACGACGUAUGCAGAUGACUUGAAGACUGUGGCCGCCACACGCUCGGGUAUCAGCAAACUCCACCAAGUGGUUGAAGAUUUCCUUCAAUGGACGGGACUUGAGGCCAACCCGUCCAAAUGUGCAACGGUGGGAUGGAAGGUGCAUGCGGCCAAGCAGCUACGAGACCCUGUCAAGCUCACCUUACACAAGGAGAUUUUACCAGUGGUGAAGCUGGGAGAAGCCUAUAAAUACCUGGGGGUCAAAGAUGCGCUGGAAUCACCAGUUCAUCACAACCAAAUCCUUUCCGUCAUGCGCAAGGCCAAAAAGCAUAUAAGCAGGCUUUUAAGAUCAGAGGUUCUCCCCUGGGAGAAAUUAGAUGCGCUGCGCACUUUUGUACUGUCUCGACUGGACUAUCACCUCAGACACUGCUAUCCUUAUAAACAGCACCUGGUAGCAUUCGAUACUCACGUACGGGCCUCUCUGAAGGCAGCCUUCAAGCUCCCGAAGAGCACGGUCAAAGAGGUAUUUCACCAGCCAAUCCCUCAUGGGGGAAUGGGCUGUACAUCGAUACAGACGACAGCAGCCGCAACGCAGAUUGGACAUGGUAUCCAAGCGCUCAACAGCCCGGAUGACAUGAUCCGAGCGGUUGCGGAAGGCCAGAAAGCAGAUGGAGCCGCUCUAGACCAGAAGCAGCUUAUUAGAAGUAUUAAACAGCAUAUAGUGGAACAACAGAGGGAUGUGUGGAAAGAGAAGGUGGAUCAAGGAUAUUCUGUGGCCUACCAGACAGCGGAUAGUAAUUCUUUUCUUCUGGGAACGACUCGUCUUAAGCCAGAAGAAAUCAUAUUCGCCAUCAGGGCGAGACCUGCGCAGCUUCCCACACGUGCAUACCUCAAACGAAUCGGUGUAACGAAGGUAUCCCGUUGCCGCCACUGCACAGCUGACCCUGAAUCCCUCGCUCAUAUCCUCAACCACUGCCCGCACAACAUUGACAGUAAGAUAAAAGCAAGACACAACAAGGCAGUGGAGAGGAUUAGAACAGCCAUAAAACACAGCGCGGGGAACAGGGAGAAAACACUCUUGAUUGACAGUUGCCCGGACGAUAAGGAGACACGCUUGAGACCAGACAUUACCCUGCAAGAUGAAAGGACGAAGACAAUAAAGAUUGCAGAUGUCGCGGUUGUCUUCGAAGACUACAAGAAAAACUCGCUCGGGUCCUCCUGUAUUCAGAAGGAAGAAAUAUACAAGGAUCUCAAGACACGAUUUUAA